CUCCAGGCUUUGGACCAGAGGACACCACGAGAUGAAGCUGCUCCCGCAGGCCUUGUUUCUCUGCCUGGCCCUUGCUCUGGCCUGGGCUGACCACCAUGAACACCGCCGCAAAGGAGCUGUCCGCGACCGCUGUAAAGGCAUUGAGAUGGAUGCUGUCGCUGUGAACGAAGAAGGAAUCCCUUACUUUUUCAAAGAGGACCAUUUGUUCAAAGGCUUCCAUGGACAAGCAGAGCUGUCCAAUAAGUCUUUCGCUGAGCUGGAUGACCAUCACCACCUGGGACACGUGGAUGCUGCCUUCCGCAUGCACUACGAGGACGACCCCAACCACCACGACCGCAUGUUCUUCUUCUUGGACAACAAAGUGUUUGCCUAUUACCAACACAAGCUGGAGGCAGGCUACCCUAAAGCCAUCUCUGAAGUGUUCCCUGGAAUUCCCGACCACCUGGAUGCUGCUGUUGAGUGUCCCAAACCCGAAUGCGUUGAAGACUCUGUCAUCUUUUUCAAAAAGAACGAAAUCUUCCACUUCUAUGUUAAAAACAAGACCGUCGAUGAGAGGGAUUUCAGGUCCAUGCCGAACUGCACCUCUGCUUUCCGCUUCAUGGAGCACUACUACUGCUUCCACGGACACAAGUUCUCCAAGUUUGACCCGAAAACCGGAGAGGUGCGCGGCAAAUACCCAAAAGAUGCACGCAAGUUUUUCAUGAGGUGCUCCAAGUUCGAUGAGGACAACGACCACGAAGAGCGAGAGCGCUGCAGCAGAGUCCACCUGGAUGCCAUCACCUCAGACGACACAGGAAACAUUUAUGCCUUCAGAGGCCACCAUUACAUUCGUAAGGACGAAGGCAACGACACACUGAAGGCCGACACCAUCGAGAGCGCCUUCAAGGAGCUGCACAGCGAGGUGGACGCUGUCUUCUCCUACAACAGUCACCUCUACAUGAUCAAAGAUGAUCAGCUCUUCGUUUACAGAGUCGGUGAGCCGCACACCCACCUGGCCGGUUAUCCCAAGCCUGUGCAGGCGGAGCUGGGCAUUAAGGGCCCCAUCGAUGCUGCAUUUGUCUGCCAGGACCGCCAUAUUGCCCACAUCAUCAAAGAUCGGCACAUGUACGAUGUAGAUAUGAGUGCCACCCCUCGCACUGCAACAAACAAGCGUCCUAUCUCCAUCCUGAAGAAGGUCGACGGCGCCAUGUGCGGUCCCGGAGGAGUGAAAGUGUUCAGAGGAAACCACUACUACCACUUUGAGAGCCCCAAAACCUUUGUAGCUGCCAGGGCCCUUCCUGAGCAGCACAGAAUUUCCCUGGAGUUGUUCGGCUGCGACCACUAAGAGGCUAACUUGACAGGACUGAAUGCAACAGAGUCACUUUCAACACACUGGCAAUGGAAAAACAAUGACACGGCGACUGGCAAGAGGACUCACUAAAAGACAGUUUUGUUUACAUUAAAAUAAACCUCAGCAUGUCUUACUUCCUUGUAAAAGGAUGUUUAUAAUCCAAAAUAAAGUCUGUGGUCCUUUCGUGCAAA